AAAUGCUGGCUGUCUUUGUGAAGCAAUUAAUACAUCGAUAUGUUCUAAUUUUCCUACAAGAUGGCACUUGAGCAGCAAUUUGUCAGAAGUACAUGUACGAGUUCCAUUGAUCGAAAGGGGAGUUCCACAAGAAGAUAAGCCCAUUCUCCGCAUCAUUCCAUGGUCGAAAAGAUCUAGGUUUCAAGCUUAUUCAGGUGCUUAAGUCUUUUAUAAGCAAGAGUUGUCCAAAAUGUCCAAGCAAAACCGGGAGGAAGGAUAAUGUUUGCAAAUCGAUGCUUGUGAUGCAACUACUCAAUGUCAAUCAAGGGUUUUGCAAAGCCUUCCCGUCUUCUGCCAGCAAAAGGAGCAAUCAUAUAUAAAUACAUUUCUGAAGAGAGAAUUUCCUCCUUGGAAUUGGAUACAUCUAGCUCAUUCUAUAUACUUGAGCUAUGCACAAGCAAAGACUUUGGCUCUGGUUUGAGUGACAUAAAUGCUGCCAUACUGCUCUGCCUGAUAGAUGUAAAUGGUGAUUCAUUACUACAGAGGGUUUGUUCAGUUUCAUUGCAGCAUGCUGAACAAAAGAAUGACGUGACUUUUUCUGAGGCCAUCCACUUUCAGAGAGAUUCAGUUGAUAUUGUCACUUUUAAAGGACCCAAGCUAGGAAAAAUUGAAGCCAUUUGGAUUGGCCUUGAAUCAGGUUCCUGGAGGUUGGAUGGCAUGCAGUUAAUGGUGAUAACUGGUCCACUAUCUAUGUCUACAUCAAUUGAGUGUACAAGUGAAAGCCAGUUUGAAGGUUUGCAGUAUAAAUUCGAAGUUAAUAACAUACUACUUGGAGAGGGAGGAGGAUUGUCCAUAACUGAGCUGAGACCUUUGCUUAUUACCGAACUACCCAGGAAUGAGUUUUCAACCUUUCUAAAUAAGCAGUCCCAUCCAGCAACUUCGCUAACAAAUGGUAAAACCUCUAUGGAGGAUGGCAUGAAGGGGUAUGCAGAUCUGAAGUUCUCAUUGCUACUUUAUGACCUAAUUCUUAUAUUAAGUGGUUCCUCUAUCUUGAUCUUGACUACUAGUGAGAAAGCUUCCUUGUCAUACUUACUUGGAGGAAUCUGUGGCUUCCUUUAUCUGUUGCUAUUGCAGAGGUCGGUUGAUGGAUUGUCGGUUCCCAUGUCGCCUUCUUCAGAUGGUAAAAUGGAAAACUUUGUCCUAUCCUUUGGUGGACUUAAGAGGCCAUGGUUAGGCUUGGCGUUGUUCGUGGUUGCAAGUGUGGUAACAGUCAAGUAUGGGUUGGGAGGUUCAAGCUUAGAAUUGAGACCAACCGAACUAUUCAUUGGAGUUGCAGGCUUUCUCACUUGCAAGAUAGCUGUGGUCUUGGCAGCAGUUAAACCAAUCCAGAGAAGUUAGGAGGAAAAUGGAUGCUGAUAAAUUUUCAGUAGCUAAUGUCGCAAAUCUGGUCAAGUUGCAGUGAUCUCAAUUAAAAUGGGAGUUUUCUUUUGGUGUAGAUGAGAUCAGUUGAACCAUUUGUGAUUCACUCAUUCAAGCUACAAUGGACGACUAGAAGUUGCCUUUUAUCCAAAGAAAUCUGAAUCUUCAUAGCCCUGGAAGAAAAAGUCCUUGAUAUAUUUCAUGCAAUGUAUUCAGCAUCUGCCGAAUCAGAUGCAUAAUAGUAACUCCUAGGAGGAAUGAAAUUUAAUAUGUAAUGUUUAUUUUGCCACAUACUAUAGACAUAACUACCUUAAGGAAGUAGGUGGAGCUUGACUCUUUUUUUUUUUCUUUCUUUUUUUUUUCUUUAAAGGGUGAAAGAAACAAUACGGACAUGCUUUGCAUAUCAAUACGUGCAAGGUGAUGAAUGAUGACAUCUUUUUUCUGUUUCUUUUUAAUGUUUUCUUUGAGAAAUAAUAUGGUCCCACCUCAUGAUUGAGAA